CGUGACUGUUCGCUACAUUUCAAUUUUCUGGCUAGUCUGCGGCUAACUUCGUUUCGCUAUCAAAAUUGGUCUUCGAAUUCUCGUCGUACUGCGCGAGCCAAGAAAACGAGUGGCGAAAUUGCUUAGGACGCGCAGGAACUGAUCCGUCUGGAACCAGCGCGGUGUCUUGUAACAACUCGCGAAAACGAGAGAAUCUGGACGAUUGUGAGCCCUACCACAAUACCACACAUACUCAAGGAUGGCAUCGUCGACAGGAGUUGUCGUUCCACGAAACUUUCGCCUUCUUGAGGAACUCGAAGCAGGACAGAAGGGCGUAGGCGACGGUACCAUAUCUUGGGGUCUCGAGAAUGACGAUGAUAUGACCCUCACCCACUGGACUGGCAUGAUCAUUGGUCCUCCUAGGACUCCAUACGAAAACAGAAUGUACUCACUUAAAGUAGAAUGUGGCGAGCGCUAUCCGGACGAGCCACCAACGCUGAAAUUUCUAUCGAAAAUCAACAUUAACUGCAUCAACAGUCAGAACGGUGUGGUUGAUCACAGGAUGGUUCCAGUGUUGAGUAGAUGGAACCGUGAUUACACGAUUAAGACAAUUUUACAAGAAAUACGUAGGAUUAUGACGCUAAAGGAUAACCUAAAGUUAACACAGCCUCCGGAGGGUAGUUGCUUCUAGUGCUCUUAAUUCAACGCUAAAACCGAACUCCGUGAACCGAAGAUGAAUGGGAAUUAAAAAGAAGAUGGGAAGUGGAAAGUUUACAGAGUGAGGUAAUAAAGAAGAAGAAUAUACAAGCUGAAAGAAGUAAGACACACACACACACGCAGUAAGUUAUAAAUCCACAAAAUAAUGAUGGUAGGCAAGAAGAAGAGUAAAUGCGCUAAAUCGCUAAACACAACUUAUAAGCAAAAUCAUUAAUACGUGGUAAUGCUCGGGAAAUAUUCAAACACACACUUGGGAAAGAAAAUUGUAAUUGUACUGUGCGCACACUAUAUACAGUGCAGCAAAACCGAGGAGAGUAGUAGCAAACACGGGAGUCACUGAACUUUAAAACAUUUACGUACUGAGCAUGAUGAAAAUAAUAAUAAAAAACAAACAAACAAACAAAAAAGCCGUAAGCAAAGCGCGUUAACCUAUAGCAAACACAACGUGGAAAGGACACGUUCCGCUGGUUCGUCCUAUUAGAGAGCGAGCAGAAACGCAUAAUAAAAGGAAAUAAAUCCCCUUUUGGAAAAUCGGUAACAAGAUUGAUGCAUCCCUUUCUGCUGCUCCGAUGAUGAGUCUCUCUUCCGUUUGCGUUGUAACACAGGUAAACAAACAUCCUGCGUGCGUGCGUGUGCGUUGAUAAUAGCGGUGGUCCGUUGUUACACAUCCGAUUGGAAAGAGGAUUAGGCUGCGUUACUGUAGUGAGGAUUAGGGAAGAUAUUGUGCUACUGGUGCUGCGGUCAAGGUCAGCAAGUCAGGGUGGUUGGUCCGGGUUGGUGGAUCAGAAUGAAAUAAAAACCCACACACAAAAAUAGUCUUUCGACAGGCAAACAAACGUUCGCACCUUUGUUCCACACAUAAUUUGGAGGGUGCAUGCAAAACAUUCGACUCUCAACAUCCUAAAAUUGUUCCUCAUUGACGCUACAUACACUAUGUAGGAAUUAUUUGACGGAUUGAUGAAGACCCCCUGUAUACGUGGGGCUUCCUUUUAUGCUUCGUAUUCCAACAGCACGUUCUAACAUUGUUUGUUACGUAUGAGAGCUCCAUCCAGUUGCGAUCUUGAGUUGCUCACGCAUUUGAGUAAGUUUGGAUAGUAUUUGUUUGGUUAUGGAUGGGAAUGAGAUUAAGGUCCAUUGUAUAAUAACAGUCGAGAUCAGGAUAGAUGUUUCAAGUAGGGAUUAAAGCAAGACCGUAGAGGUUGAGGGGGUGAAUACAAAUCAUUCUCCCUUUAAAUAUGCGACCGACAUGUCAGCUUUAUUAUCGUUUGGACUCAAUGGGAGAGCAGUAUACAAUAAUCAUAGCAAAAAUAAAAUGUCCUUAAAUGCCGUGCAUGGAUUGCGCUGUGUCAAGUAAUACUUACUUUUUUCAAUCUUUCACCAAUGGGCUUAAAACGGUAGCGCGAUCGUACAGAGUCGGAUACAAUCUCUCCCCAUUUUUUAACCUAGGCAUAUGUAGACAUAUGUGGUUCUCCCAAAUUAAAGUUCGUUAAAUUGAUCGCAGUUGAAAAAGGUGGUAAACAUAAACAAAACUAAACGGUGAUAGAGAAAAUAAACGCAGUUGGAGGGGUUAACGCUAAUCAGCACGCUUUUGAAUAUAGCCUCGGAAGGGAGAAAUCAGUAUUUAAAAGCCAAUUAGGAGACGAAACAGAAAUAAUCGAACCUGCUGUAGAACAGUGCUACCGCUGGGUGCAAACAUGCAGGACGUAUGUUUCAUUUUUUUUAUAACUGAAACAAAAGCAAAACAUUAAAACACAAAUUAAUUCCGUACCAUGCGUUGUGUUGCAUAAAAUCGCUGUGGAUUGACAAAACUAACUUCCGACGAUUAACGUUACCCGCUAGAUGAACGAUCACGAUAUGCUCUGUACUACUAAUACUACUACUACUACUACUACUAUUAUUAUUACUACUGCAUUCUAUCGUGCUGCGAGCUAGAAAAUGUGUCACUUAUGGCUAGGAGUAGCAAUCGGCGAGUAGCGUUGUAUUAGGCAAUGCUCGAAUCGAAUAAGGUUGGAAAUAGAAUGGAGUGUUUUUUUUUUCAUUUUCCUUUCUUGCUGGUCCUUUACAUGUCCCUGUCUCAAUACCGUAAAGGCAUUUUUGAAUUGGGAACAUAAUUGACCUAUACCGGUACAUUGACGUUUUAUUUUCGUUACUUUCCUAACCUAACCUAACGAGGACGCGCUUUAACAGAGAUUAGAAAGAAGGUACGCCGUCGUAAUUUCUUGACCGGCGAAGAGAGCAGAAAAAACAAUGUGAUGUAAACUGAAAUUGAAGGGUAAAUAAAUUUAUCUUUAGCU